AUCAGACCUGCAGCAGCAGAAGCGCCUACAGUGUGAGUCCACUUCCUCCCUUAAGUUAAGUUAAGACAGGUGCAUGUGAGAAGACACAGAGGGAGGACGAUUGUCAACUGCAGUUGGACAGACUAACAAAGAACAAAAAGUCUUUUUCCCAGAUAAAAAUACCACCGAUAAGGGGAAGCGAAACCAGAAGUGAAGAUGAACCUGUUCGUCAUCCUCGCCGUCCUUACAGCAGUCUGUCUUAACGUGGCUUUUUCCAGAAGAUCUUCACGAAAACAUAGGAAUUAUUCCAGAGAGAUGUGUCAGGCUGGAGAUGGCAGCACUUACAAAGGAUAUGUGUCCAAGUCGGCAUACGGCCACAGGUGUCUCAGAUGGCGUUUUUUGGAAAACCAUCAUAAUUACUGCAGGAAUCCUGACCAGAGCUUGAUGCCGUGGUGCUACGUCCGAAGAGGAAGAAAGAUUGUGAGGGAAGACUGCAGGAUUCCCAAAUGUUUCACACCAACACCAACACCAACACCUUCACCAGCUGUUGAUACAGAGGUGACAUGUGGUGAGAGGUCCGAGCGGAGGAUGAAUAAAGUGGUCGGCGGUUCUUUCACACCCAUAGACUCACACCCAUGGGUGGCUGCUAUCUAUAACCGUAAGCGAUUCCUCUGUGGCGGCUCUCUCAUCGCACCUUGCUGGGUUCUCACGGCUGCACAUUGCUUUGAAAAAGGUGACGCCACCAAUAUCAGGAUCUUGUCUGUGUACCUGGGGAAGACUGCCAUCAAUGAGACAGACGCUGAGAGGGAGCAGAGCUUCACUGUGGAAAAGUUCAUCAUCCACCAGAGAUUUAACGCGUCCACCUAUGACAACGACAUAGCACUGCUGAAAAUCAAAGGCAGCAAUGGACGAUGUGCCGUGAAGUCGGCAUCUGCAAGAACAGUGUGUCUGCCUCCGUCUCACACCCAGCUUCCUGCAGGAUUCCAGUGCAGCGUUGCAGGAUUUGGGAAGGAGAGAUUCUCUGCGUGGGAUUACUCACAGUACCUGAAGAAGGCCGAGGUGAAUCUAAUCUCCCAGACCGACUGCACAAGUAAAUCAUACUACGGAGAUCUCAUCACCAAGAAUAUGAUCUGUGCUGGAAGCCCGGACUGGAGCACUGAUGCCUGCAGCGGCGACUCUGGCGGUCCGUUGGUGUGUGAGGUGUCAGGCCGGAUGUUUCUGUUUGGGGUGGUGAGCUGGGGGGAAAACUGCGCCAUGAAAAACAAACCGGGUGUUUACACUCAAAUCACCAACUACAACAAGUGGAUCGCAGCAAAUACAGAGCUCUCCGACUACACUCAGGGAAAAAUGUAUCCCCAAAAAUGAAGCUGUGACAGAAUUUGUACAUGAGGAAACGCUUUGGCAGCACUUAGGACUCUGUAUUCUUGAUCCUCUGUAUGGAAGCAUAUCGUCGCAGCUAAUGGAUACUGCUAUUAAUGUAUAUUAAGCUGGUUUUGUACAAUACGUUUUAUUUCUGUAACUGUGUAAAUAUAUUUUGUUACUUACUUUGAAUGUUCAUACUAAGACUUACUUUUUAAGAAACUAUUAAUAUCCAGAUUAUUUAUAAUUUCAUUCAUUUCAUAUGUAUUCCAUUUUGUACAAGGGUGUCCCCUGUGGUUGAAUGUCUUUUUUUAUAAUAAAUAAAGCCUUUGUAUUAUA